AUGACUUUGUAUGCAAUCUCCCUGACAAUAGGACAGCUUCAACGACGAGGCGUGCUAACCACUGAAGUAGAUUUUAUUGAUGAGGCAUCGAUCAACAACGCCUCAAAGAUCUUCGAUAACGAGGACGUUGAUAUUUUGAUCAACUCUGCCGGAAUAUACAAUAUGUGGGAUGAUAAGGCCUUUAAUGAACUCUCGGCAGACGAUAUCCUUAAUCAUUUCAAAGUAAACACUCUUGGUCCGUUCCUCUCUUCAAAGUAUUUCCUUCCCUACCUCUCUCGGUCUGCUCAGGGAAAGAUCAUAAACAUAUCGUCGGAUUUUGCAAGCAUUGCCGAUAACAUCGGAGGAAAUGCCUGCUACAGAAUUUCUAAAUGCGCCCUCAAUCAAUUAACAAAAAAUAUUGCAAUGGACUGUCAGAAAACUGCCCCGAACGUUAUAGCACUCGCUAUUCAUCCUGGAUAUGUUCCAACAAAGAUGACCAAUUAUGUUGGAGAAGAUGAUAUGGAUGUGUGCAUGAGUUCGUUGGUGAAUAUCAUUGAGACGUUUGGCACUCCCGAGGCAUCCCUCAAUCUGCCAAAUGGAGGAUACGUAAGGUGGAAUGGUGAUAUAAUGGACUAUUAG